AUGUCGGCUUUCCCUUUGCUAUCCGAUCGGCCACGCGUCCACCAGUCGUUUCUCUACGACGCCCGCGGGGUCGCUCUGUACGAGGGCAUCCUCGGCACGCCCGAGUAUUAUCUGCCCGCUGCGGAGGAGGCGCUGCUGCAGGCGAACCUCGACGCGCUCACCGCGCCACUCUCGUCCCGUCUCGCGCUCGUCGAGCUCGGCGCGGGCGACGGAGGGCGGACGCGCAGGCUCGCUGCGGAGCCACUGGUCUACGCCCCGGCCGACAUCAGCGCAGAGUCUCUCUCGCUCAACGAGGCUGGCUUCCGCGGCUCGGAGCCACUCGCCGCCCGGAGGGCGGAGGGCUGGACGGCGGCCUUCACGCUCAACGCGCUGUCACACGUCAACGACAUCACUGGCACCGACUUCGACACGGCAGACUGGCGGCAUGUCGCCGAGUACGACGCCGCCUCCACCUCGGUGCGCACCCACGUGGAGGCGCGGCGGGCCGUCGUCCUCUCCGUCCCCGCGGAGGGCGGAGGGCGGAGGGAGCUUCGCCGUUUCGCGGCAGGCGAGCGCGUCUUUGUCGAGCAGAGCCGCAAGUUCAGCGAGGAGGAGACGCGGCGGCUGGCCGAGGCAGCGGGUCUGCGGCUGAGCCGGAGCUGGGCCUCGGACGACUACCUUAUCGCGGAGCUCGUCAGAGGUAGCGCCUAG